AUGUCAGACCUCCACCUCGACUCACCCGGCCACGAAACCUGUACCAAGCCAUCAGCUUCAAAGAUGCGUUGGUCAACGGCAAUCAUAUUUCUGGCCACGGCUCUGGCCCCGGGGGCACAGUGUCUGUUCACCGGGGGUGGUUUGACCAUACUGUCAAAGAACAAUCUUGACGGUGCCGAAAAUGACAAGUCCGCCGCCAUCCUCAUCAACCAGCCCAGUCCCAACUAUGCCGCCGCCAUGGCCUGUCAGCUGCUCGGAGAAGAGACAUGGGACCCUAAGAAGUCCAAAUUCACCACCACGUUGGCGAGAUCAUUGCCCUAUCAAGCAUACCUUGGAGUGGUCCCACGGGACCAGCUCUACUGGGUUUCCAAGAGCAACCCCAACGCUGAUAAGUGUCGGGCCAUUGAUCCCACAGGCAAGACUCGCAAUGUUGAUUGCUCCACCGAGCUACCUACCCUCUGUUCCCAGUCAGCCCGAGUGUCCAACCAGACCGUCGAUGACACCUCAUCCAACUGGCAAGUCCAGCAGUUUGUUGGUUCGAAACUGGUGACCGGUUACCGCGACCUACACGCCUGGAAGUUCCGCGGCCUGCGCUUUGCCGACCCACCGAGGCGGUUCACCUACUCCAAAGUCGCCAAUUACGGAGAGGACGGCGAGAUUGACGCCACCAAGGCCGGAGCAGACUGCUCGCAACCCAUCGGCGAAGUCACCAGUGGCAGCAGCGAGGACUGCCUGUUUGCCAAUGUCUGGACGCCUUACCUGCCGCGUAUGGCCGGCCAAGAUGCCAAGAAACAGUUGAAGCCUGUCAUGCUAUAUCUCUACGGCGGAGGCUUGACAUCCGGUUCUGGAAAGAAUCCAAACACGGAUGGAACCAACCUUGCCUCGAGGGGCGAUGUCGUGGUGGUGUCUGUCAACUACCGCGUCGGUUCGCUUGGUUUCUUGAACCUGAAUGAUGAUGUCCACAAGGGAAACUACGCCAUCUCAGACAUGAUUACUGCCUUGGAGUGGGUCAACAAGUACAUCAAGUACUUUGGCGGUGACCCGAACAAAGUGACCUUAUUCGGAGAGUCUGCAGGUGCUUUGGGCACUCAUGUCGUCCUCAGCUCGCCAAAGGCAAAGGGUCUAUUUCACCGUGCUAUCCUACAGUCCAACCCAGAUGGAUACCCAAGCCCGGAAAGGCCUGUCACCCCUGCCAUUUUCUACGACACACUGGCCCACAACUAUGAGACGACCACCAAGAACGUGUUGAAAGACGCCGGCUGUUUGGAUGCAAAAGACAAAGUUGCCUGUCUCGGAAAGCUAAGCGGCUUCGACCUCGUCAACCUGCCGACCAACGCCUACGGUAUCGUCCAAGACGGCCUCUACCUCACCACCCCAACCCUCAACUUCACCUCCACUCUGGCGUCCAAGAUUCCCGUCAUGCUAGGCAUCACCCGCGACGAAGUCGGCGUCAUGAUUGACGACCCCCCGGCCCCCAACGCAACCUUCAUCCAGUACUUCAACACCGUCGCCCAGAAGCACUUUGGCCUUCCCGCCAACUCCACCUCCCUGUUCUCCCUCCCGGCGAGCACUCUCGCCCUCCAAAAUAACGAAGCCGCCAUACUCAACAGCACCAUCUCCCUUCUCUCCUCGUUAAUCUUCACCUGCCCCUCCCUCGCCAAAGCCUACAGCGCCUCCCGCCACGGCACCUUCAAAGACACGUACUAUUUUGUCUUCAACCGGACCUACCAGAUGCCGGGGUACUCCCGUGAUUGGUGUCGACCUCCUAGCACCAACGGGUACCCUAAGGGGAUUUUGGAUAUGGAGUACUACAAGUGUCAUGCGGGGGAGCAAAUGAUUGUUUUUGGGACUGAGGCUAGGGGAGGGUUGCCGGACAGGGAUGGUAACGACUUUGCUUUUGAGCGGUUGGUGGUUGAUUACUGGGGGGCGUUUGCGCGGUGGGGGAAGCCCGAGUUUGGAAAGGGGUAUUUGGAGGUGAGGGGGUUUGAGGGGACGAGGAGGGAGGUGGAGAGGUUGGGACGGUGGGAGGGUGUGGAUUGGAGGCGGCCAAAGGCGAGGGUGUUGCAGUGGGGUGGGAAGGGGGGGAUGGUUGGGUUUGGGGAGUUGAGUGGUUUGUGUGCGAGUUUGGGGGUGGAGUUGACUGUGUUGGAGGGUUGA